CCCUCCCCUCCCUGCGAGUGUAUGUCAGUGAACCAGAGGCGGUGUGAGGCGGAGGGACCGUCGGGGGGCGCCGCCGCCUCCACCAGCACCAGCACCAGCACCAGCAGCAGCAGCAGCAGCAGCGCCAGCCCCGCGGCGCAGUCAAACUGGUCCCCAGCCCUCCGGGAGUGCACCACAAAGCAGCCCCAACGCCUCUCCCUGCUUCCGCGGCUCCUCAGCGCGCGACUCCGUGUUCAACUUCCCCUCGCUGGGCUCGGCUGGCUGGCGCGAAGGGCAGCGGCGGAACGGCGGGGUGUCUGCUCGUGCUUCCCGCGCACAACACUUCACCCUCUCGCCUCGGGUCUCAGGGGCCGCGCUGGGAUCCCGGCCACCAGCAAUUGUCCGAUUAUCAAAUACAGAAGUAGAAGCCAAGAUUGAAUGUGUUCCUGUGAUUGAAACUUCGAUGUCACUGAGAAAAUAACCCCAGAUAAGACCUUCUAACGGAUCUAAGCAGAGAAAUAAUGCAAAAGGUGUCCCAAGGCUCCUGACCAGUGAACAAAGAUUUGAGAAAGACAGCCAAGCUCAUGUUUUCUCCUGAUCAAGAAAAUCAUCCAUCUAAAGCACCAGUAAAAUAUGGUGAACUCAUUGUCUUAGGGUAUAAUGGGUCUCUCCCAAAUGGCGAUAGAGGAAGGAGGAAAAGUAGAUUUGCUUUGUUUAAAAGACCUAAGGCAAAUGGGGUGAAGCCCAGCACUGUGCAUAUUGCUUGUACUCCUCAGGCUGCAAAGGCAAUAAGCAACAAGGACCAGCAUAGCAUAUCAUAUACUUUAUCUCGGGCCCAGACUGUGGUGGUUGAAUAUACUCAUGACAGCAACACCGAUAUGUUUCAGAUUGGCCGGUCGACUGAAAGCCCCAUUGAUUUUGUAGUAACUGACACAGUUCCUGGAAGUCAAAGUAAUUCUGAUACACAGUCAGUACAAAGUACUAUAUCAAGAUUUGCCUGUAGAAUCAUAUGUGAACGGAAUCCUCCCUUUACAGCACGGAUUUAUGCCGCAGGAUUUGACUCAUCAAAAAACAUCUUUCUUGGGGAGAAGGCUGCCAAAUGGAAGACAUCAGAUGGGCAGAUGGAUGGUUUGACCACUAAUGGUGUUCUUGUGAUGCAUCCACGCAAUGGGUUCACAGAAGACUCCAAGCCUGGAAUAUGGAGAGAAAUAUCGGUGUGUGGAAAUGUAUUUAGCCUGCGUGAAACCAGAUCAGCUCAGCAGAGAGGAAAAAUGGUGGAAAUUGAAACCAAUCAGUUACAAGAUGGCUCGUUAAUUGACCUCUGUGGUGCAACAUUGCUAUGGCGUACUGCAGAAGGCCUUUCCCACACUCCUACCGUGAAGCAUUUGGAGGCUUUAAGACAGGAAAUCAAUGCAGCACGACCUCAGUGCCCUGUAGGGUUCAACACACUAGCAUUUCCUAGUAUGAAGAGGAAAGAUGUUGUAGAUGAAAAACAACCAUGGGUAUAUCUAAACUGCGGCCAUGUACAUGGCUAUCAUAACUGGGGAAACAAAGAAGAACGUGAUGGAAAAGAUCGUGAAUGUCCUAUGUGUAGGUCUGUCGGUCCCUAUGUUCCUCUGUGGCUUGGAUGUGAAGCUGGAUUUUAUGUGGACGCCGGCCCUCCAACCCAUGCGUUUAGCCCGUGUGGGCAUGUGUGUUCAGAAAAGACAACUGCCUAUUGGUCCCAGAUCCCGCUUCCUCAUGGUACUCAUACUUUUCAUGCAGCCUGUCCCUUUUGUGCACAUCAGUUGGCUGGUGAACAAGGCUACAUCAGACUUAUUUUUCAAGGACCUCUAGACUAACAGACCAUUGUCCUCCAGGACUACAUUAUAAAUUUAUAAGCUAAGUGAGUUGGGUUUUCGAACCUGUUGUCCACGUCACAGUUUUUCUGCUCUGGUCAUUUGCAUUAAGAUGAAGAAUUUUUUAAAACAUUUAUAAUAAAUAGCAAUUUCUGAGCAAAAAUCUGGGAAACUCAAGCAAAGGAAUUACUGAAAGUAUCAGUAUUCUGAAUUCUGAGUUUUGAAAAUAUAUUUUGAGGAGAAAAAGACAUAGUCUAAUUUGAUGCCUUCCUUUUAGUGUUUUUGAAUCACCCAUCCUCAGUGCUGAAAUUGUUUUGUAUAACUGAGGGUACUGUUGGUUCAAACUAUGUUAGUUUACAGUUUGUUGCAAACGUUGUAAAAUACAGCAACAUGUAUAUUAACUUUUUUCUAUUUUACGUUAGAAUGUUCUUGAUAGAGUAGCAUGGUAACGAUGGUGUCACACCCUUGGUGUGAAUGGUAGCUUAGUGAGCACACCUAGCUCAAGGAAUUGCAAAGUUAGGAAGAAGGACAAGAGAACCACCCCCAUCUAAAUAUGGAAUUUGGUAAAUUAGAAUACUUUGUAAUUUGUAAGACCAAAUUCAUAUUAAUUACCAUUGUGUGAAAGGUGUUUGUUUUUAACCACAUGAAAGAUAAUCAGGAAAGAUUUUUUCUUAAUGUUUCUCUCGAGUGUAGUACUAUAACAAAAACUUAAUGCUAAGAAACAUUUUAUAUGCUCCUUUGAAUAUGCAAUUUAAUCUAGAUUAUCUAUUUUUCUCCCAUGAUAACUAAUCUGUUUUUAGUAUCAGCAGCAUUUGGCAAGUUUAUUUUUUUGGAUAUAAACUGUGGUUCAUCUGUUCACUGUUCCUAGAAAAAAAUCAUUCCCAUAAGAAAAAGUAUCAAUUAGCAAGAAAGGAGAGUGACUUGAUUUGCUUUUGGAAAAAGAAAUGCUUAAUUAAUUAUUCUGUAUUUGGCCUUAUUCAGGCAUAAGGAAAUCUAGAGAUCUAAAGGGUUGAAUGACAAUAGUGCCCCUCUUUCUAGCAGACCAGCCUUAACUCUGGGUUUGAACCCUAAGGAGAUUGCCACAGUGAGACUUAAGUAAAUGUUUGGUUGGCAGAUGAGCACCAAUGACUGCAGUGUGGAGUGACGCACUGCAUGGUCUGUUUAUUCUCUAAUUCCAAUAUGUCGUUUGCUUCCAAAAGCAAGAACGAGUUUCUUCUCUCCCCUCCUUCCCACCCUUUUUUCAAAGGCACCACAAGUAUAGACAGUUGCACUACAUCAAAUCUGUUUUUGACACUUGUAGAAACCAGUACACUUUUAGAUUAGACAGUGUCUUUUUUUAAUAUUUUGAUUUGUUUUCCUUUAGUUUGAAAAGUUGUAUAAUACUUAAUUGACUGUAGCAAAGUUUUAUAUAUGUUAGCAUAGCUUUAAUUUAUCCUCUUACAAAACUGUUCUGGGAAUUUUCUUUUGGUUUUUAAAAAACAAAACUUGUUGGUUAGAAGCCAUGAACUAUUUUAUUUUACUUCAACUGUCAAAACUUCCUUGUUUUUAAAAAUGAUCAUUUGGGUUCACUCAGGAAAUGCAUGUCAGGAACUUGUAUUAUAAGUUUAUUAGUUGUGAUGUAUCAGUAACUGCUGUUACCCCUUUUUCAAAGAAAUAUAAUUGAUUUUGAAGUUUUCUAGAUUGUCACAUGCUUUGUGACUAAUGCAAGAAAGCAAGUCUUGUGUUGUAUUUGUUCUAGUCAUUUCUAUUCAGGCUAUAUAUUGUAGCUUAAUUUUUAUUUGCCAUUAAUUUAUUUAAACUAAGUAAAUACUUUUCAAAAUAGAUAUUUGAA